UACUACGCUUGUAUAACUAGUUGUGGCCAGAUACAUACGCAAACACCGCAGUCAUCGCUGAACCUCAGCGCCGGAGACGGUGUCCAUCACUUUUAGUGCUUAUGGUGCUGCUCCUAGACACGUGCCCUGCCUCCUUGCUCCACUUUUAUCCUCAGCUCUCCCCUGGGUCCCAGACAGCAUCAGCCUCGCUCCCUCCCCUUGCCAUUUUCUUUGCGCCUCUUGACACGGCGGCUGCAGCUCGCCUUUUGGCUCUCCGUGCCAAAGCUCCCGCAUCCUCCCCUGCUUCUCUGAGAGCAGCAGCGUCUGCGGCUCUCGCUCGCCUGGCAGGAAAGAUGCCUUCGCCUUGAGGCGCUGCGGCUCUCCCCCGUCCUGUUCCCUCUCCUUCGGCCUCAGCAACUCGCGGAAGAGGCAGGAAACACGGUUCCAAUCCGCUGCUGGGGCAGGGGAGCGGUGAUGCUGGUCCCCAGCCCCCCGGAGGACGCCUGAGCGCCGCGUUGCCGUAGAGACGGCUCCCGCUGCUCCCUAGAUAAGGCGGGCAGGAGCAUCAGCUGCGGCCCCAGCCCAGAAGGGUCCCGCUCCAGCCAGCCCCACCGCCUCGCACCGCUUUUAGCUUCAAAGAGGGAGAAAAGCCCAUUUCAAUGAUGUCAACAGAAUGUGUUCAGCCACUUGAUAUCCCAGAAGACAGACUGGACAAGCGAGAGUCACACUGUAGCCAUUUAGAAGAUCUUUCAGACCAGCUGAUUAAGAGCUGUGACCUCAAAAAGAAACCAAGGAAAGGUAAAACCAUCCCGGCUUCCCAAAACACUGAACAGGAGCAAAAAAAGCCAAGGAGAAAAGAUACACCGGCUUUGCACACCCCACCACCUCUAACAGGCAUACUUUCAGACUUUUCUGAUAAUCUGCUGAAAAGGUAUGGUAUCACAGAGAAGCCACAGAGAGAGAGAGUGAGUCCAGCCUCUCAGGUCACCGAACUGGAGCAGAAAAAGCCCAGGAGAAAAGAUACGCCUGCAAUACACAUCCCACCCUUGAUAACAGGCACUAAGCUGCUUACAGAAGAAAAGCAAACAGUGAUUAUGGAAGAUGAAGAAAAGGAUGGAGACACAAUCCCCAGUUAAGAUUACAGUGAUAUUUCCAAUAAUGCAGUGUAAAUAAUUCUGGGUCAUUCAAAGUGGCAGCACAUAGAAAAAAAAGUCUUUUCAUUUUUAUAAAUAAUAAUUUUCUCAAGCAUGCACUUGAAUUUAAAUUCUCUUCAAGUGCUUAUCUGCAUCUCAUGAAAUCCCAGCAAGCAUCAUAGGAGCUGAUGAUAGAAAUUUCACUUGCACAUGGGGUUGGAAGGAUUCUCUUGGUUUACUAAAAGCAGCUUCCCAGGUUUUUUGUCAAUGAGGAAUCCACCUCAGAUCAGAGCUAGCUUUGCGCAGCGUGGUGAUAAGAGUUAACACCAAGGAUACCACCAAUCCACUGUGCCUGGUACUAGAUACCAGAGCAGUUGGUAGCACAGGGCCGUAAAGCAUCAACUAAUGAUUCAAAUUGCAUUUUUCUCCUAACAAUUCACCUCAUUCGUCCAGCUUUCCUCUGCUGGAACAUCACUGACUGCAGCGCAAAUUCCCACGUGCAGAGCUGAUAGGAUAGAUGGAGAGAGCGGGAAGGCAGGAAUCAACUGUAGAGUCCCUGAAACGCAAAGCAAACAAUUCCUCUGCCUGUAUCUGCUCAUGACUUGUAUUUGUCAGGAGAAAAAGGUAGUUCUACUGUAGUACAAAAACUUACAGCAAAGGGCUGUCAACAUUGACACAUCAAACAGGACAGAGGGCAGAGCUCUCAAAAGAGAAACAUACGGGAAGUGCAGCGCCUGCCUAUUACACCAGGGUAGCCUAUGGAUUUUUUUUUUUUCCAAAGGUUUUAUUCCUGGCUUGGUAAAAGAUAAACUAGUUGGGUAGUUGAUCCUUUUACUCCAUAUUUUUUCCUUUGAUAUCUGCUUUUUAAACUGAGUCCUAGGUUGACAGUUAGAAAGGGCUGUAAAGAUUAAAAAUCACAGUGGGAGAGUAAAAACUGAGUAAAAGGUAGUGUUACUUGAUGGCAUACGCAUACUGCAAAGUGGAACAACACCACGCUUUUUCUUUAAUAGUUUACCUCAUUGAUUGAAUCAAGAAUUGUUUUCACAGCCAGCUACAGCCUUCAGCAUUUAUACAAACAGAGAUGUGUACUUGUAGAAUAUUAUACAAAAUAGGCAGAACUGGGUAGUUUUGUGCUUACCUUAAUAGCUCUGUGUGCUAGACAGAGCAGCACUGCCGGCUGGACCCUUAGGGACCUCAGCAGGGAGGUUGAAGAUUAUCUAGCCUGGCAGACUGAAUUUAGUUAUCUUUUUAACACCCUUAGGCAGACAGCUGAGGAGCACACUAGUUUGGACUUCAUUUGCCACAGUGACUGACCCAGCAUCUUUCAUAAGAACGCAGUCCAUUCACAGAUAUUCAGCUUCCAGAUGUAAUCAACAAGCUUAUAAUAAAUAAUCAUGUAUUAAAGUGUACAGGAGGCCAGCUAUAUUAUUAAUGGGAUGCCUGAUACUUAGGAGGUGUACUUUUUUUAUCCUGUUAAUCUAUCAGUAAGACAAGAUAAUAUUUAAAAUAAAAUCAAUCGAUAGUUCAUAUAAUAACACUCAUAUAAGGUACACAAUAAAAUAUGUCACAGCAAGUACAUGACAAGAAAUACAUGUGAUUCGAGUCUAGCUUUGCCAGUGAAGUUGGUAUUUUCAGUGCACAAUACAGCAAGAGUGAGAGCGUGAAGUCCUGAAAAUAUUGAAAUGAACAUCAGAAAUGGAUUAGCUGUGAAAACAGACAUGUUUAGAUGUGAAGGCCCUUAACAACACAAGGGAGGAACACAAAUAGGAUGUGAUUGACUUCACUGCUCUAAAGAGGAUUUGUUUCCAAGCCUGGGGAAUGCUGACACAGCUUAAUAUGAAAAAAAAAAAAAAAAAGAGCAAGCUUUAAGCCUAGCACUAUAUGUUCUUCGCCAAAGAGGAGUUAUGGUCCCAGUGACAUCUCUGACAGCACAGCAGCCUAAUUUACCAUCCCUGUGUAGAUCAACUUGAAGCCCAGUCAUAAAAAUGCUGCAGCAUACAUAAUUUCCUGCAGUUUAUUUAAAAUGGCAUAUUCAUAGCCUGGUAAUUCAGCAUUUACUUUUUUUCCACCCAGGAGCAACGUGAGUGACUAAAAAGUAAUUUUUCACUUGAUCAAUUAACUAAAUAGGAGUUUUUGCAAUGUUCCUGGGAAGCAGUGCGAUGAAUCGUUUCUCAAAGCUUUCACCUGCCUCAUUGCACUCAGUGAAAGUGUUAAAUGUUACUUUAUUUAAGAUACGAUUUUUUUCAAAUCAGAUAAACUCUGCCUCUUCCCCCAAAACAAAGCCUUUAGGUGUUGCAGAAUCAUGUGUGGACUGUACAGUGGCGUGAAUGUGGUUUACUGGGUUUACUUAUUGUUGUUCAGGCUCUGAACUCUCCCUUUAAGACCAGAUAGGGCUAAAACUGCACAAAUUGCCCGCCUAGGCAAAUGGCUGGAGUUGGUGUGUUCUGGGGCAGAAAUGCUUUUGUACCCAGUGUCCCCAAAGGUCCCCCAUGGCCAUUACAGCAAAGACGAAAGGAAGCGGAAAGCACAGAAACAGGCUAAGCCUUUCCGUAGCACUGUUAGGAUUGGGAUGCUCCAGAAUGAAAUUGCUUACAUUGUCUGCACAUAGGCAUUGACUGCUUUAGGGCCUUAGUAGCUGGCUUGCAUUCAGAUAUUUAGCUGGAACUGCUUCUGACCCCAGAAGUCUGCACUGGGCAGGACAACCAGUCCGAGACCUCAGAGGGAAUGAAGGGCUUCAGUCAGUGGAUAAAACACUGACUGCAGUCGGGAGGUUGUUAACGGCUAAUAUUUUGGGAGCAAAUUCUCAAUUAACCUCUACCUAGAAAAUAAGGGACAGGCCUCUGUUUACAAUAGAAUUGGGACAAAGGGAUUUAAUAGCCUUGCCCUUUAGCAACUUUCAACUAAGGAUUGCAGAAAGCCCAUCACCCAUCCGAAGGGGAUGUAAUGAACAUUUUUGUAGUGCUAAACAUGAGGUCCAUAGGUUAAGUGAUUUGCCCAGCUAAACCACAGCAGAAGCAAAUCCAAAGCAACAUUCAUGAUGCUAUUGCUAACUCACACUAUAUUCACAGAUAAAGCAGCAUUUGCAUGCCUUGAGUUUAGCAACACUUACACUGAAAUUUUGUCUGGUUGAAAUUUUGUCUUACUGGUUAAUAAAUUGGUAAUUGUAUAAUGCUUUGAUGACUUAAAUUAAUGGAUGUGUAUAGAUAUCAUAACAGAUUAUCUUCCUGCAUGUCCUACGCCAUUUCUACCUUUUGAGGUUACAUUUUGUAUGCAUGAGCUUACAGUAUUCUUGUAUGCAGAGAUACUGCCCAGCAAUUGCAUCUACAAGUGAAAAUCAAAAGUGCACAUCAGUGAAGCUCAUUAGAAAUCUUGGCUUCUCAACUGUAUUUAGAUAAAUUCAUAAACACAUAUUAUUCUGUUCCUUACAUCCCCAAAAAAGCCAUGGCCCUCUUAGAGUUAGGUGGUGCAAACAGAAAUAUCAGUAUUCUGGAAAUGUAGUUCUACAAAUAGAAAGAGUGAAUAUUAAAAGCCAGUUUCCACUCCAUGAUACUGGCUCCUGGUCCUGCAGGAGGAACCCAUGUCAGUCUGUUGGACCCAGGAGUGGUGAAGGGAAGCUUAAUCCACCCUUAUACUCGACAUCCUGAAGAAUCCUGAAGAGACACAGACUGGACAGAUGAACAAGCAGCAGCAAAAUUAGAAAGCACAUUCCAGAAAUAAAAGAACUGCGUUUGAUGGA